GAUCUGACGCAGACAGAUGAUUACAAAGCCGGCAUUUGUAGCAACAUGGAGCUUUCUGAGACCUCAAUAUUUGUAGCUGUUCUCGGGUUUCAGUGGAUUGUGUACGUGUGGGAAUCAUAUUUAUCAUCGAGACAGAGAUUUCUAGCUCGGACCGUGGAGACGGUACCAGAUACACUAAAACAUGUGUUGGAUCAAGAGACUUUUACCAAAGCACGUCUUUAUCAGCUGGACAAAAGUACCUUUGGCUUCUGGCAGGGAUUAUAUUCUCAGUUAGAAUCAACACUUAUUUUGAUUUUUGGUGGGUUUCCAUUUAUAUGGUGGUAUGCUGGAGAGAUAACAAGUAGAUUUGAAUAUGGACCUGAAUAUGAGAUCCUCCAGUCUUUAGUUUUCCUAUUCCUCACCAGCAUAUUUUCCACAGUUACCUCCCUUCCAUGGACAGUGUACUCUACAUUUGUGUUGGAGGAAAAGCAUGGAUUCAACAAACAGACACCUGGGUUUUUUGUUAAGGAUCAGGUAAAAAAGUUUAUUGUGAUGCAGUGUAUCUCCCUACCAAUUGUCUCUGGGCUGAUCUACAUUAUCCAGAUCGGUGGUGACUAUUUCUUCAUCUACACAUGGCUCUUUACCUUUGUGGUGUCUUUGCUGCUGAUCACCAUCUAUGCUGACUAUAUUGCUCCCCUUUUUGAUAAGUUUACCCCCCUGCCUGAGGGACAACUCCGAACUAGGAUUGAAGCCUUAGCUGCCAGCAUUGACUUCCCUUUGACAAAGCUCUUUGUUGUGGAAGGCUCAAAGCGAUCAGCCCACAGUAAUGCCUACUUCUACGGAUUCUUCAAGAAUAAGAGAAUUGUUCUGUUUGAUACUUUGAUAGAAGACUACAAACCUCCAGGCGAGGAGAAAGAGGAUUCAGAACAAAAAGACAAAUCACAGGAGGAAUCUGAAGAACCUGCUAAUGUUGAAGAAAAGAAAACAGACAAAGAAGAAAAAAAAGAAAAGCACAAGAAGCAGGGCUGUACCGAUGAUGAGAUCCUAGCUGUACUUGCUCAUGAGUUGGGUCACUGGAAACUGAAUCAUAACCUGAAUAAUUUGGUGAUCAGUCAGGUGAACACAUUUUUGUGUUUUAUGAUAUUUGCCUUCCUCAUUAAGGAGACUAUAUUGUAUUCAGCCUUUGGAUUUAACACUCAGCCAAUCCUGAUUGGGAUGCUCAUCAUAUUCCAAUUCAUCUUCUCUCCCUAUCAUGAGGUUUUAUCCUUCUGUAUGACAGUCCUCAGUCGUAAAUUUGAAUUUGAAGCUGAUGCAUUUAGUAAGAAAAUGAACAAGGCUGCGGAUUUAAAAUCCUCCCUUAUAAAACUAAACAAGGACAAUCUGGGUUUCCCUGUUGUGGAUUGGCUGUAUUCUACAUGGAGCUACUCACAUCCCCCACUGCUGGAAAGAUUAAAGGCUCUGGAUAAAACAGACUAAAACUACAACCAGGAUACGAUACAUGCUUGCUGUCAAAAUAAUGUCAGAAUUUGACAUGCAAAUUGAAAGUGCUUAAACCCGACUUUCCUUUUGAUUGCUUAUAUGUAUAAUAUUUGACAUUUUUUAAUUAUCAUUUUCGGUGGAGAACUAAUUAUAUUUGAUUACAUGUACUUAAAUGUACUUAUUUAUGGAUGUUGUUAUUUUUGCACUGGAUGAUGUUUUCAUGAUCAUACCAUUAGGUUAAUUGAUGAAGUGCAUGGUGUCAAAUUUUACCAAAAGAUUAAAGUGGUUGAUCAUAAGUUGAAAUCUUUAGAUAAUUCUGCUUGUUAUUAUAACUAUUUCUCACAGCUUAGAACUUGAGAACUUCUUAAAUUCUGCAAUUCCUUUGUAAUGGGUGUCUGCAAAAUAAUAUACCGGACUCUAUGAAUAUGUUGUUCACUUAGUUUUGGAAUGACAUUGUUUGAUUUUUAUAUGACUUUACGUCUUUUUCGUAAUACUUUAUAACUUGUUACUGUUCACUUUUGUCCAUUCCAGAUAUACUGGAUAUUUGACAGUUCAUUAAUUUCUUUUUCAUUUUUGUUUGAACCACCUGGAAGUUAUUCAUCUUAAGGGUGCACGUACCAUGCAAUUAUGCCUUAUCUUAGUUUCCGAGAUCUACAACAGGUCAUGUCAGAUAUGUCAUGGUAAAUUCUCCGCAGUUACUAUCAACCAGAUGUUUAGUUAAAACCAUUCUGCAUGCUUUUGACCUUAUCAUACCAGAUUUGUUCAAGACAAUAUUUACCAAUAAGAUGAUUUUUUUACUGUAUCUCUUGAAGGCGAUUCUAUCUAAAUGUGAUGCUUUAUAAUGCAGUGCAUGCAAUAUCUUGUGCAAAUUGUAAAACUUUUCUACCUCUGCGAUUAAAACAUAAUGAUUACGGGCCCAAAUGUUCAAUUGUCUUACUUGUGUUCAACAUUGACCGGAGUAAAUCGUAUGAGAAUCAGUUAUAACACAGGGGUUUAGAUUGUUCUAGCUCAACACUAUCAGGUGGUUUAUAGUCUUGGCACAAGAUUUUGUUCCUUGAUAUCCGUCUUGUCAUUUGAAUGCUAAGUCCAUGGCAAAGAAUGUGUACAUACAGCAGGAACAGAAGUCUCAAAUGCAGCACUUAUAAUUUCUUGUGUGCUGAAACAAAUAUUUAAUAUAUACUUAAUGAUACAAUUGAACAAUUAUUUGUUAUAAUUAGAUCUCAUCAAAAGAAAUAAUAUAUGACACAAAACCUAUAUCUCUGGUAUAAUUUCUUUUUCACAGGAAUUUGUACAUACCUAUUCCGUGCCAACUGGAAAUUAGAUCAUGUGAAAAAAAUAGUUUUGCUAAGUAACAUAAUAUAGAUAUACAUUUUGUAUAUCAUUUAUAACUGAUUUAUUGCUCUAGAUGGUCUGUAAUUGAGGGACCAGUUUCUUGAUGUGAUUAAAUUAUGAUUUGGGUGUGAAUGCAAUUUUUUAAAUGUAUUGUUCAACAAUUUUACUUACACAUUCUCUUUGUGUGCUUCUUAACAAGAUAUUACCACAAACGAUGUUAAUCAAAAUAUUUACCCCAAAAGAAUGAUUAAGUGGAGACAUUCAGAAUUCAGCUAUUGAUGUAGAGUAAUAUUUUGUUGUCAAUCCUAUUGUAUAGAAAUGCUAGCAAAAGAGCAGAAAUAAAGGAGCGCUGUGACAGAAACCUUA